AGGUUAACAAAACAUUCAACAAACGUCGGUCAAAAAAAUAUUAAAUAAUAUAAUAUACAACAAUAUUAUUAAUUAUUUUAUCCGAUUUCGUUAACGCGUUAUCGAUAUCGUUCCGUUUACCGAAACGUAGUAAAAAUCACAACUACAACCCAAUAUGUGCCAUACAAACGGCUCGUUGUCACCGUCCUAAUGACGGUUGAAUAGUGCAAAGUCUGGUCCUUUAACAUAUCCGGCAAGUCGGCGCGAAUGUACCGCUCGGGUGUUCAAUAAGAAUAAUAAUUCCACAGUUGAUGAUCGCAAUACGUUCGAAAUGGAAAUUGGGGAUCUUACGCUGGAACAAGAACAGGCUGUAGAUGAAUUCAUCCAUACCAUCAAUCAGACGCGUAAAUUCCAAAACAAACCUCCAAUAGCCCGAUCAUCUGCUUUCAAGUUUUUGGUUGCUAGGAAAUUUGAUGUCACCAGAGCUGUACUGUUGUACGAGCAGCACGAAGAAACCAGACUGCGCGAGGGGCUGUUUGGGUUUAAUUGUGCUGUUGAACCGUUGAAAAGUGAAAUUCAAACUCAAAAAUUUACAAUUUUGCCAACAAGAGAUUCAACAGGUGCUGCUAUAGCUGUUUUUACUGCACGUUAUCAUGUACCACAAUUUUCUUCCCAUCAAACUACUUUGCAGGGUAUUGUUUACCAACUGGAUAUAGCUCUUGAAAACGUCAAGACUCAAAAAUGUGGGUUGGUAUUCAUUUAUGAUAUGUCUGAUUCCAAGUAUUCAAAUUUUGAUUAUGAUUUGAGUCAAAAAAUCUUAACAUUACUCAAAGGUGGUUAUCCGGCCAAACUGAAGAAAGUUCUGAUUGUCACUGCGCCGCUGUGGUUCAAAGCCCCGUUCAAAAUACUUAGGCUUUUCGUGCGAGAAAAGUUGAGGGAUCGUGUGUUUACGAUCAGCUUGCCCCAGUUGAUCCAACACAUACCUAGAGAAUCGCUGCCAAGGCAUUUGGGCGGCACGGUGGACGUCGAACACGAUAAAUGGUUGUCUUACUGCUUGAACUACAUGACGAACAGUGAUAAAUAUGGAAGUUCGGCUAUGUCCGACCACAUAUGCAAUUCGAACAGCGCGAAAAAGGAAACCGGGCCGGAGACCAAAACGAACAAUCUGUUGAAAGAGAACAACGUCGUCAACGAAGAAAACGCUGUUGUUCACGACAAUUUGUUGUCGGGGUGGACAUGCAACACGGCCAAUUCAAAAGAAGAAAUUUCUCCGAUGCCACCGUCGUCGGUAAGUAGCGGGUUUUCGGACGACGACAGUUUGCGUUGUGAUUCUAGUCAAAGUUUAACUAUUAGUCAAUUUGUCGAAUACGUGUUGAAAAAAAAGAGGGCUGGUCUCAUCAGAGAAUACGAAGAAAUAAAGACCCGUUCUUCCGAUGGUACAUUCAACGUUGCCAAGGCUCGACCCAAUCUCUUGAAGAACCGGUAUACAGAUGUGCUUUGCUACGAUCACACCAGGGUGCUGUUGGCACAGUCGGAGAAGGACCCGAUGUCUGAUUACAUACACGCCAAUUUCGUGGAUGGUUACAAACAGAAAAACGCGUUUAUUUCCACGCAGGGCCCGCUACCGCACACGUGCGGAGACUUCUGGCGCAUGAUCUGGGAACAGCAAGUGCUGGUAAUCGUCAUGACCACCAAGGUAUUUGAGUGUGGCAAGAUCAAAUGCGAACAGUACUGGCCGCCUGACGAGACGUCUGAUGAUCAGACGUACCAAAACUUCAAGGUGUCAACUACGUCGCUCAGCCAAUUUGACAACUACUGCGUCACACGGCUGGAAGUGACCAACACUAAUACCAACGAGGUCAGGCAAGUGUCUCAUUUCCGUUUCAACUCGUGGCCGGAUUUCGGCGUGCCACACAGCGCUGUCGCCAUGUUGGAUUUCCUUGGUAAGGUCCGGAAAUGUCAAUCGUCCAUGUUACAAGACCUCGGUGACAAAUGGGCAGGACACCAGCGGGGGCCUCCGAUAGUCGUUCACUGUUCGGCGGGCAUCGGACGAACGGGAACAUUCUGCACGCUGGACGUUUGUAUCAACCGUCUGGAAGAGACUAGCACCGUGGAUAUCAAAGGCGUAGUGGAAAAGAUCCGGUCGCAGAGAGCCUAUUCCAUCCAAACGCCUGAGCAGUACGUGUUCUGUCAUUUAGCGCUGAUCGAAUACGCAUCGGCCAGAGGGUUCCUCUGUUCUCCUCCGGACCUCAGUGACUUGAAACCCCUCGAAGAUUCGGACUGAUCGACGACAGCAAUGGAAAUCUCAUCAGUCGGGCAAAGCAUUUAUCAAUACUUAUAUAGAAAUUUAAUAUUUAUAUAUAUAUAUAUGUCUUGUAUAAAAAAAGUGUGCAUAUAUAAUAAAUUAUGUGUGUGCAUACUUACGUUAUACGUGUAGAUAAUCAGAAGCGGGAUGAGCGCGCCCAAUUAUAUACAUAUAUAUGAUCUGUUGCAAUCGUUUUCUGGCAUUAUACUUUUGUAUUUUUUUGUUUUUCGUAAUUAUACUAUUAUAUUAUAUGUUUAACAAUAUCAUAUAUUAUUCUGAAACGGAUCUAAUCAAUUUGUAUCGAUCUAAUAGUUCAUAUUUUUAAUCAAAAUAUUAUUUUUUCCAUUUCGUGUAUUCACAGCGGCUUUGGCUGUUAGUGUUUGUUCUUCACCCUCGACCAACUAAACGUCGUGCAGUACAUUACAUAUUAUUGUAUUAUGUAAAUGAAAAUGUCAUGUGAUCGUACACCUUUUGCCCGAUAUAUAAUAUUAACUAACUUGUCGUCGAAAAAGAAUUUAUUAUAAUUUAUUUUUGCAUACAUAAUAUUAUUAUUAUAUUGAUCAACGAUUAUUUACACAUAUUUUACAAAAAUCCUAAUGCAAAAUGCGCAUUUGACAUUGUGCAAAUGGCUUUGUUAUAAAAAUAUUAUUGUGAACAAACUAUCAAUUUUUUUGCUGACCAUUCCAUGUAUCCAACUUUUUUAAACGUAACCCUAAAUCUGAUGUAAUAUAUAUAUAUACAUAAUAUAUAUUUAAUGUGAUAAUUAUUGUUGUCAAUCACAAUGAGGUACGAUAAGAUAAUAAAACGAAUCAUUGUGCCACUCGUAUUUCAUAAUAUUGUGAUGCCGUAAUGAAUUUUUUUUUAUUACAAUCUAUAUUAUAUUAUUUAAACUUUUGGUUGUAACUCUUGUAACAUAAUUAAAACCAUGCAUGUGAAUUAAUAAAAUUACAUGGAUAAACACUGAUACAUGUCUGAUUAAUUACAAUUUUUAACUAAUCGAAACUAUGUAUAAUAAUAAUAUAUUAAUGAAUUCGAAUGAAUUAUUUGGUUACCAUUGUGGUCGUGUAAUAAACUUAUAAUAAUAUUUGCAGAACAGCA